AUGGAUAAAGUAGUUCCCCCAAUGGAAGAAGCUUCCCCCGACUCGGAACCGGCGCGCCCUGACAGGUACGACCACCUGCCAAGAGAAGUGCAGGAGUACUACGUGGGCGUUCCGUACAGCUGGGAAUACGUGGAGGGCAGCAAAGGCUGGUUCAUCAUUGAAACGAGCAAAGGGUAUAAAUUCUACUUCAACAAAAAAACGAGUGAAAAGACGUGGAAGUGCCCAAAGGAGGUAAACAUUCUUCUGAAGAAAAAGCAGAGCGAUAACCCUGGUGAUGAAUCGGUGGAGAGGAGCCCAACGGGGGGUCGUCACAAUGGCGCGAUGGAAAUCGACUCAGACUCAGGGGCUGCCACCUCCAAUGGUGUAACAAACGGAGCAACGAGGCAAGGUAGCCAAGGGGAAAGAAGCAUGGAAAAAAUACUGAAAGAUUAUAAAAACCUUCUCAUCGAAAAAAAUAUGGACCAAUUCUGCAGAUAUGAAAACGCCUUGCCCCACCUCCUCUACGAUGAAAGGUAUCUCAAAGUACCAAAGGAGAUGAGGAAGGAAUAUUUUAAUAAUCUUGUAAAAGAAAUUGACCAGGACAGAAGAAGAGAGCUCAAAAUGUUAGUAGAGAAUUUCCAAAGUCUGCUGUCUGAGGUGGAAGGUGAAAUUGGGUACCCCUUUGAGGAGGCAGACGCGAUAUCCAUUUUGAGGGGUGAAAAAGCAUUCCAAGGCAAUGGCAGCAAAAAUUGGAAUGUCACAAGGAGCAAACUGUUAAGGGAAUUUUUACAAAAAAGGAAAAAAAACAUGGAAAGGGAAACGGAAGAAAAAUUGGAACAAUCUUUGCUUGACUCUUUUAGGGGCGAGAGCCCAGGGGCGUGGAUUAAAAUAAAAAAUAAUUUACUACGAAGUACCAAGUAUGACAUUUUAUCCUUUGAGAAGAAACAGCACAUAUUUCAGAGUGUAAGUCAGAAGUUGCUCGCCAAGCGGAAGGGCGAAAGUCGCCAUGCAGAUUCCCUCUCAGAUGUGAAGCGAUCAAACCAUCGUGACAACGCGGUUACCGACAAGAAAAACGUUUUCUUGAGUCUCCUGCAUGAGAAGAUAAAGCACCCAGUUGUAGAUGAAGCCAUUUUGAAAGAUGAGACAUUUACGGACAAAAUGUGCGACUCCUUUGAAGAGGCCCUGCAAAUUCCACCUGACCUGACAACAGACGAGAGGUACAGAAAUAUACGCCUAACGGAUACAGAAAAGUUAGACUUGUACAGAGAAUUUAUUACAAGCUACAUAAAUAUGAAAAGAGACACAUUCAAGAAAAUGCUUCACGAAGUUCCAAUUAAUCAUAUGAACGACUCUGUGGAAGACAUCAUAAGGCUCGUCGACAAGAGAGACAGAAUUUUUAAGUCCUUACCAGCAGCCUAUUUGGAAGAUGUUUUCUCAAAAUGGAGAAGUUACAAAAUUAAGGAGGCCAAGAAAGUGUUUGCCGAUUUUUUGAAGAAAUCCAAUUGGGUUAAACACGACUCGGAUGAGCGUGGAAACUACGAUGCGCUUCUGGAAGUUCUGUCGCAGGACGUCAGCUACCAACGACUCAAGUGCGUGCCCAUGGACAGGGACGAAAUGGUGAAGAAGCGCAUAAGGGAAUUAAAGGAAGAGCACGAGAAGAAUAAGAACUUAGCAGAAAGGCUGAACCGUUGA